GUUUGCAUGAUGCUAUGUUACGCUGAUAUAAUUGUAAGGAUCAAGUAUGUUACUUUUUAUGAAAAUGAAAAGAUAAAUUCUUUGGUUGUUUGGGCUCUUGGUGCUUAUCCCAUAGAGCAAGAAGACUAUAAUAUUGAAAUGUCAUUGGGCAAAAUUAUUCCCGAGUUUUAUGGUGAUAAUAGAAGAGCAAAGAUGAUAGUUUCUACUUCUACGCAUGUAGCUAUUCUUAAUAAGGUGGUUGAAUCAAAUAAAUGUCCUUUCAAGAUGUCUCUUGUUGGAAUUCCUCAAGAGUUGCCAAGUGAAGUUAAAGAUAAUACUGUUAUUAAGACGUUGGUGUCUGAUUUUUCUGGUCAAGAGCAUAAUUUUACAGUGAAAGUUGUCUUUUCUCGUUAUAAUCAUUAUUUAACAUGUUUGAAAGAUUCUAUUCAUUCUCAAGAAUCUUUGAUUUUUGUAUUUAGUAAUAAGAAGAGGUUUUUUGAUAGCGAUGCAUCACAAAAUUUAUUAGCAAGUAAAAGUAAUAAAGCUUCAGAUGAUCCUAGUGGGUCUGAUUUAAAUUCUGCAGGUUGUUCUGAUUCCACAAACCGUGCAAGGACUAAUAGUUUUAAUGGGUCUUUUAAUGAUGGUUCUGUGGAUGUUGAAAAUGAGUAUUUUAUUGACAGUGAUUAUGCUGUGUCAGAUUGUAGUCAAGAUGAAGAGGAGAAUUCUGGUAAGGAUAGUAAGUAUAAGAAAAAGGUUUUCUGUAAUAAGGAAAAAGAGCCUGUAGAAAGAUCUUUACAUAGUAGAUCAAGUUUAUAUAGGUCGAGUUCUGGAAAUGUUUAA